GCUGUCAUGAAAGUCAUGGCAUUCAUGAAUGGAUAUUUCGCAAUGAAUGGUUGUCACUGCCACACACGAUUUGUGUAAUUAUUCAGUGUUGACAGGUUGACACGUUUGAUUAAUGGUAUAAUAUUUUCUGUAUAUUACGUCAACUGUCAGCAUCCGUGUCUGACGAAAUCCGAUUCUUUAUUGCACGUGAGUUUGCGAUACCAGGAACUUGAGUCCGAAUAGGUGAACCGGCGAACAGCCGAACUGGGUUCUUUCUCCAGUUUGAGGGACCUAGCUACCUCUAGUUGCGAUGUUGAGGUCGGGGGUAACGGUUUUGCCGCGAGGAGUCGGGCACCUGCGCCUCAAUUUCGGGAUGGGGUCACAGGUUGUCUUCUCCCACGUCCGCCAGUUCCAGACAUCUCCAAGAAGACCAAUUCCACCAAUAUUCCUGAUAAUGGUGAAGCCAAUCGUGAAAAUUGGGGCAGCACUCACUGGAAGGGGUGUCCGUAAGUGGUGGCAGAGAUUACCGAGUGAAGAGAAGCGCAGUAUCUGGACACGUGUGAAGCAGAGUUGGCCAGUGUUUGCCCUUAUGGGUGGGGCAGGUGCUGGCUGGGGCUGGUACUACUACCAGUCCCACAUGGUGGCCACGCCCAUCACCAACAGGAAGAGAUUCAUGAUGUUCACACAUGAUCAGAUGAUGAAGAUCUCCAAGGCAAGAGCACAGGUGGAGCUGGACCGGUACCAAGAGCGACUUGUUCCUGUGGAGCACCCAGCUUUCCAGAAGAUUCUCAAGAUUGCCACAAGACUAGUGGAAAGUAACCCCGAUCUGAUGCAGAUGGAUGUUGAUAAGUGGCGGAUAAGCGUUGUAGAUUCCCCAGAUGUCAAUGCCUUUGUUGUACCGCAUGGACAUAUUUUUGUGUUUAUGGGAAUGACAAAGAUUGCUACCAACGAAGACCAAAUGGCAAUAGUCCUCGGUCACGAGAUGGCGCACACACUUCUCUCUCACGCAGCAGAGAAUAUGAGUGUGGCCCAGCUGUUUGAUGUCGCGAUCAUCGCUGUGAUGGGCGCCAUCUGGACUAUCAUGCCCAACGAUGGCAUCGCGCUGGUGACGCAGUGGUUCUACAACAGAGUGUUAGAUAUUCUGCUGUGCUUGCCGUACAGUCGCAAACUGGAGAAGGAGGCUGACAAAGUGGGGAUGCAGCUCGCUGCCAGGGCGUGCUAUGAUGUUCGUGAAGGGAGCAUUGUAUGGAAGAAAUUCCAGAUCAGUGAAGACUUGGGAGAUGAUGCUCAAACACCGGAAUGGCUGUCCACUCACCCUGCCAAUCUGAAGCGGGCGGAGCAUCUGGAUUUCCUUGUGCCAGAGGCAAUAAAGCUACGAGCCAGCUGCAACUGUAAGCCACUGCCUGCAGAGGAUCCCCGUUCCCGGCAUAUUGCCCUACAACAGUACGCCGACGACAAGAUGGUAGCUAAAAAGGCCGGACAAGACCUGAGACUAGUGGCAAGGAAGGGACCAAGUUUACCAAGUUGAUAUAAGUGUCUAUCUAGUCAUGUACCAUCUGCCGGAGUGUGUAUCUAGUAGGAGACUGGCUUUACUUGGUUGAGAGCUGGCUGUUGGUCCUACUACCGACACUCAGCUAAACAGUGUAACAACCACAGCUGAGGAAACAGCUCCAUUUGGACAGAAUCUAGGGCUGGGACGGGUAACCCGGGUGGGUCCUGAGUAGGACCCGGGUACCCACACGACUACCCAGACCCGUGGUUAGUCAUGUGAUAUGUCUAAUGACAUUAACAAUAAAACUCUAUGGUUACACUACAAGUACAGCUAAUGAUCACAUUUCUUUCUGACUAUGCCAUCAUUUGUUCUGACUUUUAUAUGUUUGAUUAAGGAAAAAGCGUCCAUCAUCUUCAGUGUAUACAUGAUCAGAUUGUUUUAUCCAUGUAUCUAAAUAGUUUUUGCCAGGACAGCGGUAAAACAAUUCCCAUUCGGACAUUUCGUACCAUAUUCUUGAGAGCUUUAGUGGGUAUCCAGGUAGGGCUGGGUAAUAGGGUGGCGGGUAAAUUUACACUCGUCCCAGCUCUAGCAGAAUCAUAAGAUAUUUCUUGCCAAAUUCUGCCAAUAGCAUUCAGUGAAAUACAGUGAAAUGUUUUACAGAGAACUUUGUGUGUAAUAGAUACUGGUUAUUGCCCUCAGUACAAGCAAUGUUCCAUUUACUACCAAUUACGAAUUAUUCUACCUUGAGGUGGGAAGGUUUACAGAUAGUUAGGAGUUUGGGUGAUAAAACAAUAUCCUUAAAAUCAGAUAAUAGUUCUCGUUACCACUAAACAAAGAUCUGAGGACAUCACUUUAUGGGUCACGUCAGAAUGACCUUUCAUCCAACCAAUCAGAGCGUUGCUUACCAGAUCAGGAAAGUUACAGUCGGAAUUUGUUUCCGAAUCAUGACAUCUUGAGAAGGUUAACAUGGGAUAUUCCGAAUCGUAUUUACAGGCUGUAAACUGAUUCCUUCAAAAUCAUUAUCUAUCUCUCACUUCGAAAGGAUAAACAUUGGAACGGAGGGGACUUUGACCUUGGGAAGGACUGCCAUACAAUCAGACAUUAGACAUUCCAGAAUGUUCUUUUGUUCAGUUUUCAAAUUUUGAGUCAAGAGUUUUGUCAAAAUGUUCUUCAAAGCGUAGACUGGAAUGAAAGUUGCCAUUUUGAAACUAGUGCCAUAUAGCUCAAGAAAGCUGCUUUCUGAUUGGCUCAUGUUGACUUCUUGUUAGUCAUUUCAUUGGUCGGUGAAAGUUCGUGAAAGGUCAUUCUGACAUGGCCUGUUAUAGGAUGUUCUCAGAUCUUUGUUGAGCAGUAGUGAGAACUAAUAUCUGAUUUGAAAUUACUAAAUUUAUGCUAUCCCAGAUGUUCCUUAUUGUCUCAAGAUGGUGUUGGCGUCUCUGUCAGGGUUGUUAUAAUUACUGCACCAAAUUCUGAAAGUGGGUCUGUGACCUCGUUACCACGGAUACUGUGAUAGAGUGCAUGAAUGAUCUGUGUGAGAAGUAUAAACAAUGUGUUUUAUUACUACUGUAGAGAUUUUAUAUUUUAACUGAUAUUUUCAUCCAUGCUUCAUGUUUUAUAAUCAGGAUGUCAAAAAGCCCCGUCCUGUCUCUGUAAAAAUCCUUGUCCGAGUUGCUGUCAUCUGUUACAUGGAAAAUAAGUGGUUUAUUGUCUAUGAAUUUGUUUCUGAUCCACCCACCCUACAAUUUAGUAAUGUGGACAAAAACAGAAAUCCCUCUUAAAGCUUUUUACAUUAAUGCCAAGACUGAUAGUUACUCUUAUUAAUGAAAAUCUAAGAUAUCUGUGCACCAUUUCAAUAAGUGAUCUUAAUUUUGCAAAUAGGAUUGGUCCUCCUGAGGCAAGGGAGAUAACUGAGUAUCUAAAGACGAUGACUGACGGUAGGAUUGCCCGGUACUUUGUUCCUUAGUACUGUGGUAAAACCAAAGUGUCUUCGACUCCAUAAGGGUUUUGCAUUUGCAACUGUGAUUUAUGAAACUUUGUCAUUUAAAUUAUGUGUCAUAUUGUGCAAAAAUCAGAGAAAUAUAUUUUUAGUCUUGUAUUUGUAAUUUUUAAUCUCUUAGACUACUUUUUGAAAUAUUGUAUUGUUUAACCGCUGAUACAUUGGUACUGGUGCCACUAUAAUAUGUACCAGUAGGAUCAGGGGUGGACGUCAUAACUUACACUGUAAACAUGGUAAUUGUUUUAUGAAUAGUGUCUAUAAUAUGCAACUCAAAGCAUUAUUAAUAUGUCAGGUGUGGUCAUUGUCAAGCUCCAUGGAAAUGCAGCUCCUCAUACGAAGUAAUUGACAACAUUGUGAUGGGAGACACAUUUUGACAUGUCACCUGACUUUGUUGCCAACUGAUUGGCCAAAAGCUUAAUUAUAUGUCAGCACCCAAUCAGCAUUCACCUCAUGACACAAGUCUGUACACUGGUUUAUUCCAGUUUCUGUUUUUUGGCUCAGGAAUGUAUAUGAUUUCAUCAUUGUGCAACUUUGUUGAAUUCACUCAUGUAUGAAACGAGUCAAGUCAUACCCAACAUUGUGUUGCAAAACUGGAACAACCUCAAUUCAUCUUUUCAUUGCAAUAUAAAUAUAAAUUAAAAUUUGUUUGUAAAUUUCCUUUUUUAAAUUUAUUUUGUUUGAAAAUUGUUAUUGAGGAAGUUAACAUCAAGUCCUGCCAGACAUUGUUUUCUAUUGUACAUUCUGCCUCUUGGUGUAUUGACAACGAAGAUCAGACACAGAUGAUGGACUAGUCUGGCAUUAAGUGGGAGUACCAGAGGUCAGAUGAAUUCAAUAACAGAAUUUUAAUAUUUGUUUUGUUUGCAUAAUCUAGUGAAAGUAUAGCUUUAAUUAAAUACAUAUCAGUAUGAUUUUAAUAUGCUUUUAGUUAUGCAUUUUAUUAUCACCUGCCAUGAAGUGGAAGGGGGAUAUAGGAAUGGGUGCUGUCCGUCCGUCCUUCCAUCUUUCCAUCCUUCUGUCUUCCCGUCCUUCUGUCAGUCCGUCCGUCACGUUUCGUUUCCAGAGCAGAACUAAAAAACCAUGAGCGAUAUCUUAACCAACCUUGGCACAUAGAUAGGUCCAAUGGUGAAUUAGUGCCUUUU